AUGAACUGGACAUAUCAUCAUCAACCAAAAAGUUUUUUCGUUGAUGGACCAGGAGGAACAGGCAAAACAUUUCUCUAUCGAGCAAUUCUUGCAACAUUACGAUCACAAGGAAACAUAGCUUUGGCUACUGCAAGUUCAGGAGUUGCAGCCUCAAUCUUGCCAAAUGGAAGAACAGCUCAUUCAAGAUUCAAAAUUCCAAUAAAUGCUGAUGGAAAACUCUGUUGCAAUGUUGGAAAAAGGUCAGCCACUGCAACACUUUUAAAGCAAGUUGUACUAAUCAUUUGGGAUGAAGCUUCAAUGGCUAAGAAAGAUACCAUUGAAGCACUAGAUUCUUUGCUCAGAGAUCUAACAGAAAAGGACAUGCUGUUUGGAGGUAAAGUCGUGGUUCUUGGAGGAGAUUUCCGCCAGGUAUUGCCUGUCAUUCCAAAAGGAACCAAAUACGAUUGUAUGAAUGCAAGUCUUGUUAGAUCUUACAUUUGGGAAUCCCUCACAAAAUUCAAGCUCACCGAAGAUAUGCGAGCGAAAACAGAUCCAGCAUUUUGUGAAUACCUCCUUCGUGUUGGAAAUGGUUUGGAGCCCACGAAUCACAAAGGGCAAAUAAAGAUUCCACAGUCGCUUAUUAUUGAACCAAGUUCAAACCCACAAUCAGUAGAGACACUAAUCCAAUUUGUUUUUCCUUCCUUUCAAGCACCAAAAAGUGAUCCUCUUUCCAUUACUGAAUCUGCAAUUUUGACCCCAAGGAAUCACACAGUUGACGAAAUCAACGAAGUCAUGAUAUCUAAAUUCUCAGGUGAAGAGGUAGCAUAUAUGAGCUUUGACAAAACUGAUAAUCCAAUUCACCAAGGAAUGUACAUUGAUUUCUUGAACUCAAUUGCCCCUGCAGGAAUGCCACCGCAUCAUUUCGUAUUAAAGACAAAUUGCCCAAUACUCUUGCUCCGAAACAUUAAUCCUUCAAGAGGCUUGUGCAAUGGAACAAGAUUGAUAUGCAAAGAAUUCCGAAAGCAUAUCAUUUGUGCCGAAAUAGCUGUUGGUGAGAAGAAAGGAACCAAGGUCUUUAUACCAAGGAUACCCUUGAAACCAAGUAAUUCCCAACAAUACCCAAUCGAGUUCACUCGAAAACAAUUCCCAGUACGCAUAUGCUUUGGUAUGACGAUAAAUAAAGCCCAAGGUCAAACCCUAAAUACUGUUGGUGUGUACUUGCCAGAACCAGUUUUUUCGCAUGGCCAACUCUAUGUUGCUUUAUCACGUGCAACUACAGCAAGCAAAAUCAGGAUUCAGCUCAAUCAAUCAGAAUCUGAUCCAACUUCCAUGUUCUGUACUGAAAAUAUCAUUAGCAUGGCACCAAACAUUUUGCCGCUUGAUAAAUUACAUCCUCAGUCAAGGAAUUUCACUGUUCGGUGCAUGCUAACAGAAAAAGCAAUCCCAAGACAAUCAGCUGACUCAGCAUCACAAUAUCAAAGACUUGUUUUCCAGGAUGCGCAGCAAAUUGUUGUCAACGCCAAGACCCCUGUCGAACACAUCGAGGUGGAUGGCCUAUCAAUCAGAACAUUGACCUACAAUUUCACACCGAUCACUGCUCUGCACGCUGUUCAGCAAGUUGAUCCCCAGCUAGAUGUUUUGUUUGAUAUCCUUGAAGUUGGCGAGCGCAGAAAAGCAAGAGGAUCAUAUGUUGUCGACCUCUUUGUCAUAGAUAAAGGGUAA